AUGUCCCAGUCAAAAUCACCGACUGGGGUUUUGGAUAAAACCUGGGAACAACAGUGGAUGGAAGUGUCAGCUUUCUCCUUGAAGGAAGAAGACAAAGCAGGAGGUGCCAUUCCAUUCUACAAGUGGAUCUCUAGUGUUGGUAAAGGAAAAGUAACUGACUCAGACCUCGAUAUUCAGAACAGCACUACACCAAUUGAACACCAGCAGCAGCAUCUGAGCAUGGAUGUAACUGCUGCACCUUGGGUGACUGAAAGCACACUGCAGAAUGCAAGUGACUGGGAGGAUUUUGACAGACCACUUGACAUGGCUUUGCUGAUCUCAGGCAUUCUGGAAUUCAUCAUUUCCCUGGUGGGGCUGGCAGGAAAUGCAGUGGUGCUCUGGCUCCUGGCUUUCCGAAUGCAGAGGAAUGCUUUCUCUGUCUACAUCCUCAACUUGGCCGGAGCUGAUUUUGUCUCUCUAUGCACCCACAUGGUAUCCUCCAUAAUGACUUUGGUCAAAGAUACCAAACAAGAUUUCACUUUCCUGUUCCGAAUUCUUUUUGUCACGUUUACCUUUCAAUAUGUUGCAAGCCUGAACAUUCUCACUGCCAUUAGCACUGAGCGCUGCUUGUCUGUCUUAAAGCCCAUCUGGUAUCGUUGUCACCGCCCAAGGCACAUGUCAUCUGUCGUGUGUGCCCUGCUCUGGGCACUGUCCCUGCUUCAAACUAUCCUGGAAAUGACGUUCUAUGAAUUUUUGUCCAGAGAUUCUUUUAAGCAUUUGAGUGGACUAAUUUAUUUAAGCCUUGUUAUGUGGCUGGUUUUCUGCUUUGUGCUUCUGUUUGGGUCCAACCUGGUGCUGCUGAUCAGAUUGCUGCGUGGCUCCCGGAAAUUGAAGCUGACCAGGCUCUGUGCCAAUCCCAUCAUUUACUUCUUUGUUGGCUCUUAUAGGCAGCAAAGACAGCAAAGAAGGAGCCUCAAUGUAAUUCUGCAGAGAGCUUUGCAGGAUGUUCCUGAGGAGGAUGGACGCCAAGGCAGCCCUCCUCAGGAGACCCUGGAGAUGUCAGGAAAUACUCAUGUGGCCUAA